AUGGUCAAAAACAUUAAACGCUCUCAAGCUCUGUCUGGGGGAAGCACCACUGAGGGCUUUGAGGAUUUCACCGGCGGCAUUGCUGAGGUCCAUGAACUGACCCAACCCGAUCCACACCUGUUCCACAUCAUCCAAAAAGCUCUGGGCCGAGGGCCUCUGAUGGGUAGCUCCAUUGACACUGAUGGUCAGAUCACCAGCUCGGCCGACUCUGAAGCCAUCACUUCCCAGAAGCUGGUCAAAGGCCACGCCUACUCUGUGACAGGUGGAAUACCAGGGCGACACGGAUCUGCUGAUCUGGAUCCGGAACCCCUGGGGUCAGGUGGAGUGGACCGGCACCUGGAGCGACAAGUCCCUGAUGAGUUCUCUGGUCAGAGGAACGUCCACCUGGACAGGAAUUUCUUUGUGCGCCACGCCUCUGCCGUGCGCUCAGAAACCUUCAUCAACCUGCGGGAGGUCUGCAGCCGCUUCGUCCUGCCUCCAGGGGAGUACCUCAUCGUCCCAUCCACCUUCGAGCCCAACAAGGACGGAGACUUUUGCGUCCAGGUGUUCUCUGAGAAACAAGCAGACUUCCAAGUGCUGGAGGACCCGGUGGAGUCGCGGGUGGAGAAGGUGAGAGUUCUGACCUGGUGUGCUUGGCUCAACAGGUCGAAACAUCGACGAUGUGGACGACCGAUUCAGACGUCUGUUUGGACAGUUGGCGGGACAGGUGAGCCGGUCUCUGAUUGGCCGAUUGGAACAGCCGCGGUCCGGUGGAACUGAUGACUCUCCCCGCCGGACUGCGAGAUCUCUGCCUUCGAGCUGCAGAGGAUCCUCAACAAGGUGGUGACCAAACGUUCCGACAUCCGGACCAGCAGCUUCAUCCUGUUGUGGCGACACUAAGGUAGGGAUCUGCUACUCUGCUCCUCACAGCAGGGUAACCAGAAGCUGUCAACAACGCCACCUUGGGAAUUGCACCCAAGGAAUUAGACUGCCAGUAGGCUCGAGGUUCGUGACCAAGGAGAACCAGACUUUUCCAAAAAAAUGAAUUACAUUUUAUUGUUUCAUGUUAAAAGGGACAAUCACAACAUAAGGAACACAAUAGGAAGGGAGUGUACAGUACUGAGGCCUACCAGCAGGGGGAGGCCGGUCCAAAUGGGAACUGGUUCCUAAAAUAAAUGUAUAAAUCCAAAAUAAAUCACCCCAAACACUUGUGAACAGGCAUUCAAUCAUGAAGAAAUCCCAACACCGGCCCCUCCCACUACCUUCAGCUCUCAACCUGGAGACAAAAGGCUGGGGUUAAACAAGCAAAUACAAAAAACAAAUACUACAAUUUAUACUUGGCCACAGACUAAAAUGAGGUUACCUCCAACAUAACCAAUUAAAAUCAUCAAUGCUUUAAUAGAAUAAUCUAAAAGAACCAAGGGCUGCUACCUGCAGCAAGGCUGGAGGCCACACAAAACAAUGGCAUGUUCCAAAGUAAAUUUAAACCAAAGAAAACCCAAAACUAAGCAACUAAACGAAACAAAUUAAACAAAACGGUUACAAAAAUGAAACAAAACAGCAGGUUCUCCAGCGAGCUGCAGCGGGGUCAGAGCUGGAAUUGGAUGAAAAGGUUAGUAGGUGAUUUACAGAAGAUGGAAGCCAGAGGAAACCAUCGUCACCUACCAGAGCUGGACGACUUCACCUCAAACCAGAGGAUCCUUUCCGGCCCACAGGAGGAGGAUCAGCUUUCCAAUAUGUUCUAUAUAUGAAUAAUUGUUAUUUUUGAUGUUAUGGAGCUGUAUGGGUGCAAUAAAACAACACAUACCCAUUUUAUGUGAAAACUGCAGUGGGGAGGGUGAGUUGCAGCCACACCCCAGUACCAAGCAGGAGACUUCCAGUGGUUUCUAGAUUUAAACAAUUCAAAUCAAACUCUGAAUUUGUAGGUCUUAUGCAGAAGGAGAAACAUUACUUACUGAUGUUAGAGCUUAAGACCUGCAUGCUUUCCAGGCGACCUUCCCAACAGCAUGUGACCAAAUGCCAGCGUAAGGAACCAGGUGAGAGUCUCCCUUUAUACUCUCCUACAAUCAUGAGGUGAUUAGGGGCCCAGGUGUUCUGAGUAUUGGGGCAGCUUCUUCCUGCUACACUGUGCAUCUGCCGCAACAUGGUCAACCUGCUGGACGCAUCCUUCAAAAUAAAACGCCACCACACAGAUGGAGGCAGUAACAGGGCUCUUAUUG